AUGCUCGAAAAGGGUCAUCCUUCCUCCCCCACCGUCAUCGAGCUUUAUCCCGAUCUCGAGGCCAGCAACGGACCGCCACUCGCCGACAACGCGACGGCAACGCCGCAGAUUGCCACCGACGGGCCGAACUUCACCGACGCUAACACGGCCGCCCAAGAUGACGAGGACGGCCGUGACGAUGGUCAGGGACCCCUGCUCCCCUCGAAGAGCUGGACAGCACACCAGCUGUUCUACGUUUUCGGCAUCGACGGCAUCGGCGCCAUGAUACUCUCCGGUGGCGUCAACUUUGCCAUUGCCUAUGUAAUGUACACAACCCAAGACACCGUCAAGAACCCAAUCCGCCUCUUCUCCUUCCCCAACACCCUCGCCGGCGACGCAGCCGUCACUGUAAUCAUCCAAUGCCUCCUGACAUGGUUCGUCGAGUGGGGUCUGGUGGCCUACGACCUGUCCAACCGCUCCGUCCAACCCAUAGGUUUCCUGUCGGAGCCUAGGAACCGCUGGGUAAGAUGGUACUUUUUCCUCGACGGCCCUUCCCCGUUACCGACCUCGGCUUCGACGCCGACCACAGCCGGAGACGACGGUGAAGAGCCCGCCUCGACUCCAGGCCUCCCUCCAUUCCUCAGCCUCGUCGUCAACCAGGCCAUCCGCGGAUUCGCGCUCUGCAUCCCAGCCUUCCUGCUCCUCUGGCCCAUAUCUGUGGCCGCCAUGAUCCCGUUUGGGAAACCCCAGCCCCACCACGACUAUCUCUACACGGACCGAUGGGCACCCCAGGUGCUCAAGCUGGCUCUUGGUGGGAUGCUGGGUCUGUUGACUACGCCGCUCAUGGCCAUGUUUUGGCUCGUUCGGGCGGGGUGGGAUGCUGCGGAGUGA